CAUAUUUCAAUUCAAUUCCGUGUGCCCACUCACUACAUCAGACCGACCACGCCCAAUUCCCAAUUCCUAAUUCCCAAAUCCUCUGUUAGGGUUUCUCUCUCACUCUCCCCAAUUCAUGUUCCCUUAUCUCUGAUUCUCUCCGAUUCGAUUCUUCCAUGGAACCGCACCUUCAGCACCCCCCGGAACCCCCACCGGCGGAGGUUUCGCUCCGCGGCGCCGGUGACUUGGAGAACUCGCAGCUGCUUGGAGCCCCUGUCGCGGAGGCUCGCGACGUUGACCAAAACGACGGGUCUUGCGUCGCCGUUUUGAAGCGGAAACGUGGACGUCCGGCCAAGGGAGACCGCGUCGUCAAAACGACGCCGCCGGCGUCCAGGCAGAAGAGGGACGAGGAGGAUGUUUGCUUCAUAUGCUUCGACGGCGGAAGCCUCGUCCUCUGCGAUCGCCGGGGAUGUCCUAAAGCUUAUCAUCCGUCGUGUAUUAAGCGAGACGAGGCUUUUUUUCGCUCGAAGGCUAAAUGGAAUUGUGGUUGGCAUAUAUGUAGCAUUUGUGGGAAGGGAUCGCAUAAUAUGUGCUAUACUUGUACAUAUUCUUUGUGCAAGGGAUGCACAAAAAAAGCUGAUUUUGUCUGUGUCAGAGAAAAUAAAGGUUUGUGUGGAAUCUGCAAGAGGACUAUAAUGCUGAUAGAGAAUUGCGACCAGGGAGAUAAGUCAGUGUGUGAUGUGGAUUUUGAUGACAAGAGCAGCUGGGAGUAUCUUUUCAAGGUGUACUGGACUUAUUUGAAGGAGAAGCUAUGUUUGACUUUUGAUGAGAUCCUUCAAGCUAAAAAUCCAUGCAAAGGAGUUGCAAGAUUAGAAGCAUCUGUUGCUGCUGUGGAUGUUUCAUCACUAGUCUCUUCAGGGAGGGUGCUGUCUAUCAGUGAUUUUGUUGAUGAUAAACCAUGGCACUAUCAGGAUCCAACCGGGAAAGUUCAAGGACCUUUCUCUUUAUUACAGCUGUAUAAAUGGAAUGCAAGCGGGUAUUUUCCUCCAGAUCUCAAAGUAUGGAGGAUAGAUGAGACACUAGAUAACUCUACAUUGUUAACUGAUGUGCUGAGUGGGAAGUAUUCAAAAAAUGUGUCAUUGCCAUACAACAGUGAACAGCUGUCUUUGGGGUCCAAUAUUACUUCAGAAAAUAAGGAAAAUAGUCAGGAUUGUGUUGAGAACGUGACAAGGAAUGAAAAUUCUGCAAUCCACCAAAUUGUCGAGCAUGGUGGGGAGCAAAAAGUGGCCAAUACUAGUACACAAUCUAAUGGUAAAGAUGAAUCUGUUAGGAGCAAUGGUUGGCAUUCUCAGUCUCCUGGUUGGACUAUACAAGCAGAUGGGAAUAAAAAUGAGGGGCAAAGCGGAAAUUUUGAAAGGAAGGAGGAGUCAUCCAAAUGCGAAAUUUCCUGUCAUGACGCCCCCCUUGUAUUGUCUUCUCAGGACUGCCCACCAGUCAACUCUAUACCUUCAACUGCAUUUUCUGAGAAAUUGAAUGAGAAUCCUUCUGAUAAAUUAAUGGAAGUUCAGAAGAUUGAGAUAAAGUCUCCAGAUGAUGGAAAUUUUGACUUAAACAGAAUUUCUGAGGGUCAAAGUAACAGUGGGCAAUGUUGUCAGAAACAAUCAGAGAGUGAGGAGAAUUCAGGGCUAUCUUCUGGUCAGAACUGGAGAGCCCCUGAUGUAGCUCAUCCUGAUUGUAACAACUUAAAUACAUGGCUGUGUUCAAUCUUUGGCGAAGCAAAUGAUUUGGAAGAGUCAGUUUCAGAUCUGUUGGCUGAAGUGGAGGCAAUGGAAACAUUUGGUGGCUUGGAAUCUCCCACUUCAAUCAUGAAAUGUGGCGAGGAGUUGGCUGACGGUUCUAUAACUGAUUGUCUUAGUUUUGCAGAUGAGUUUAGCCCCAUGCUUGAAGCAGGUAAAGGAGAUGCACUUAGCUCCUCCGGUGAUUUACAAUUACCAUCUCAAACCACAACACCAGAUGAACCGUUUAAGCAAGCGGAUGUAUAUCAUCAUCAAAGAACAUCUGCGGAGCAUUCAUCAAAGGGUUCAGAAGUUGAGUCUACUUUCUCAAAGAUUAGCUGGAAUCCAACCGUUCAAUAUUCCUGGGAUCCUAAUUGUUGACCUGACAGAUUAUGUUGAAGGGCCUUUUUCUUAUCUUUAGGCUACACAGAUCUUAGAUAAACUUGAAUUGGAUACAUAUUAUCCUGUUUAUAACAGCAUUCUUUGCAAACAGCAACCUUUCGCCUUCCAUCGUUGUUUGUUUGUUAAUUAAGAAAAGAAAGAGCGUUAGGGUUUUUCGUAGUCUUGUCUAUUCUGCUCUGUAAUCUCAUUGAAUUUUAAAUGUGAAGAACUCCCUUAGGUUUCAUUGUC